AUGGAUAUCAUCUCCGUCCUCGAAUCAGUGCAGUACGAGGUUGUGGAAAGCAAAGUGUUGGACGCUGAGGAUUCAUCAUGGGGCUUCCUAAAGGCAUUUCGUCGUAGCCAGCUUAAGGAGAAAUGGUUUAUGGGAAAAGACAGUUGCUUUAGUGAAGAAGAUAUUCGCAGUCUCGCAGAGCAUCCAGACAUUGCAUUAGGUUUCAAACCAAAGAGCCAAGUGGUGAAGACAGCAUACAUGAAUGUCCUUCUUGGCCUCAUCAAUACACUAAAUAAGCCUUCAGAGAGUCACUUAGAGGCUGAGCUAGUCAUCUCUCACAGCGAAUUGAGUGAGCUGGAAGAAGUGGGUUUCAAGAUUGACUGGUUGAAGUCAAAGCUUGAGAACAAUUUCUUGGAGAGGAAGAAGGAUGAUGCUGAUGGUUCGAGGGUCCAACAACUUGAGGAACGUGUGAAGAAUCUUGAGGAUGUUUCCUUGGAGAAGAAGAAAGCAGAUGAGGCUUAUGGGUUUAGAGUCCAACAAUUCGAGGAAAGCGUCAAGAAGCUAGAAAUGAUGGUGUCUGUUCUCAAAGCGAAACUGGACCAGGAGAAGGCCAAAUCUGAUUCUGAUGAUUUUUUGUUGCUCUAA